AGCUGCUGGUUCGUGGACUCCCGGCAACCAGGUGACACGGGCUAGACAGCAUGCAACCAAGGUCCAGAUCGGAGCGCCAUGCGCUCAAAACCAAAGAUGAUUUAGAGAAGGAGCGCUUGCGGCAUCGCUCUGGGGCGUAUUUCCGCUACGAGAACAGAGACAAUCCGAUUGACGUUGUGAUGAAUUGCCCAGGAUAUCUCGGCUCUCGGGAGCGCAUGACUGCAGGAACUCAUUGUGAAGAGGUGAAUUAUGCCGAACGUGAGCAUGCGAAAGUUCUCCGCGAUGAAGUCACAGAGGCUCGUCGCAAAUGCAAAUACAACCGCGAAGAGCACCGGUGGCGCUGCAUUGCUGGUGCCGAUCAGGCGGAAGUCGACCGAGCGGCACGGAUGCAACACGAUCCGAUGAUGGGUAGAAAAAAUGUUUCAGGUCAGCCCUUCAACAUUGUGAACCAUUGCUAUGAUCGAACCCCGGCUGGAGCGCAGCUGGAACAUCACGACAACAUGAUUCGGUACCGAUCCAGGGUCAGAGAAGCUGCUCUGGCGAUGCGGAAUCACCUGGGGUUCAAUCCAAUUAUCGGUGAGCAGACCCAUGGAAUCUCCUUGCCGCCCCCUCCGCGCCCCCCGGCCUUGGCUCUGGCGUGAAGCACAACAACCUGAGGCGGUGAGGCGUGCUGGUUCCUUCCCAAACUUGCGUAGUGAUGACGACCCUCGCGACUCUCGCAAUGCUCAAAGCAGCCCAUCAGAAUCAAGA